CCCCUGCGGCGGCGACGCGCCUCCCGCGGACCCACGCCGGCCGGGACCCCUUCCAGCCGCGGCCUCGGGCAAGGCCGCUCCGCCCUCCUCCUCCUCCUCCUCCCGCGCCCCGCCGCCGGUGCUGCCCCUCGGCGGAGGGCGCCCUGCGGGCCGGCGGUGGCGGUCCCGCCAGCCGGGACCGGCUCCAUCAUGUGAGGCGGCGGGCCUGCCCCCCCCGCCCCGAGCUGCCCUCAGCCGCACCAUGAGGGACGGGGAUGCGGGGCAGCACCCACGACGGAGACAGGUAGAGCCCGGGCGGCUCCUCCCCCUCCUCUCCUGUGUGAUCCUCGUGUGCAGCGCCGAGGUGGCGGCGCUCGCCGACUUCUCAGGUUACCUAACCAAACUUCUGCAAAAUCAUACUGCCUAUGCCUGCGAUGGGGAACAUUUGAGUCUGCACUGUCCUCGGCAUUCAACAAUAAGUGUUCAGUCAGCAUUUUACGGGCAAGACUACCACAUGUGUAGUACUCAGGAGACUGAAACCAGGAUAACAGAACCCAUAAACUGUGUGGCACCCACUUCAUUGCAGAAAGUACUGGAUGAAUGCCAAAACCUGAGAUCCUGCCAACUCCUUGUCAAUAGUCGGGUUUUUGGACCUGAUCUAUGUCCAGGGACCACUAAAUUCCUCCUUGUCUCCUUUAAAUGCAAACCUACUGAAUACAAAACCAAAUCAGCAUGUGAAAACCAGGAACUGAAACUCCACUGUCAAGAGUCCAAGUUCCUUAUCAUCUACUCUGCCACCUAUGGCAGAUGGGCACAUGAGGAGAACAUCUGUUCAACAGAAGUGGAGCGUGUACCCCCCUUUGACUGUUUGUCUUACACGGCGCUGGAAGUUUUAUCAAAAAGGUGUUAUGGGAAACAGAGAUGCAAAAUCGUUGUCACUAGCCAGGAUUUUGGAAGUCCGUGCUUGCCUGGAGUGACAAAAUACCUUAACGUCAGCUAUGCAUGUGUUCCUAAGUUUAUCCUGACAGCUUUCAACCCCCUGGUCACCAAUAACAGGUCUUCCGUCAAGCAGAAUGAUGGUGUCGACCUUGAUCCAAAGGAAUCCAGACUUCCAAAGAAAGAUGGAAUUAUUUUUAGCAACUACUUGGCUACAUUUGCAUACAUUAGAGAUCACCUUGAAAGAGCCGCGCUCCUGUUUUUGUCCAGUGUUUGCGUGGGAUUAAUCUUCACGCUGUGUGCUUUGGUGAUCCGCACGUCGUGCUCAAGAGACUUCCAGAAACUGCACCGAAAGAAGGAUCCCUUAAUGCCAGAAAGUACUAGAGUGCACGGUAACAGUGAAAAUGAGGAAGAGGAAGAGGAGGAGGAGGGUUCCUCUGAUUCGGACAUCCAGGAUGGGAUAGUGGAACUUUACAGACCUUCUUACUCAGGUUACAAUUCAACAGAGGCAGCAGAACUGGCCGAAAGGAUAGAGCGCAGGGAACAGAUCAUACAAGAAAUCUGGAUGAACAGUGGUUUGGAUAUGACACCUCCUAGAAAUAUGGAUACGUUUUAUAUUCAUGAACAAUAAAUGGCUUAUUUUGGAUGA